AUGUUCAAGAGUUUGUUGAAAAAAAUAGAAAAAGAAGCACACACGUCUUCAACAACACCACCAUCUCCACAACAACAACAGAUCUCAACAAACAAUGACAGGACCCAACAACUGCAAAAGAAAAAUACUGAUGUGCUGUUGUUGAAUGAUCCAAACACCCAGCCUACCAUCCACCGAUAUGGAGAUCGACAUGUUGCGUCCACAACAUCAACAACGACCUCAGCAUCUCGUAGACAUUCCAGCAACAUAUCAUCUGCAGACAGCAACAAAGAAUCCAUAACUAAAAAAGAUUCUAAAAGCAGCUUGGUUUCUAGUAGCAGCGGCGGCAACGGCAAAGAUCUGAAAUACUUAAAAGAUAACAUUGCUUCUAAUGACAACGAAGAGAAAAAAAAUGAAAAUGUAAUUGAGGUUAUAAAUGAAGAUAGGAAACAAGAUGUUGAGGACAUUAUUGACGUCAGAACUCAAGCUCCCAACCAAGUAGAUGUUGAUGAUGAUUGUGUUGUUGAUGGUAUUAGCAAUGAUGCUGACGAUGAUGUAGAUGGUGAUGAUGUAGAUUAUGAUGAAAAGUUCAACAGUGAAUGUGAUGACUGCAGAAAUAUACUCCAAAGACAGCAACAACAACAAGAGCAACCACUACUAAUUCCAUCGCAACAUCAGCUUACAUUGGCUGAUAAUUUAGAAACAUCGUCAUCAUUGCCAGCAGCAGCAGCGAUAAAAAUGCAUUUAGAAGAGGAGCUGAGUGAAUCUAGGUCAACUAUUGUUCAAUUGACCAAUCACAUUAAAAAGGUCGUUUCAUGA